AUGGUCAAAGAGACCAAGCUCUACGAUUCAUUAGGCGUAUCGCCUACAGCAACACAGGAGGAGAUCAAGAAAGCAUACCGCAAGGCGGCGCUGAAAUGGCACCCCGACAAAAACAAGGAUAACCCACAGGCGGCCGAGAAGUUCAAAGAAUGCUCGCAAGCAUACGAGAUCCUCUCCGACCCCGAAAAACGCCAGACAUAUGACCAAUACGGCCUCGAAUUCAUACUGCGUGGCGGCCAGCCUGCGCCAGAGGGUGCUGACCCUGGAGGCAACCCAUUCGCAGGCGGUGGUGGCUUCCCUUUCGCAGGCGCAGGAGGAGGCAUGCCCGGCGGCGGCGCACGAACAUUCCACUUCUCCACCGGCGGCGGCGCCAACGGCGGCGGCGGUGCCAAUGGCUUCAACUUCUCGAACCCCGAAAGCAUCUUCUCUGAAUUCCUGCGCGGCGGCGGAGGCAGCAUGGGCGGCGACGACGACGACUUCGGCGGUUUUGGCGGCUUCGGUAUGGGCGGCAUGCCCGGCGGUAUGGGAGGCUCGCGCGGCGGCCGAGGGCCCGGUGGGCGCUUCUCGGGAGGCAGGAGAGCGCCUGAGCCUGAGGUUACGGUCGUCGAGAAGCCGCUGGCGGUUACUCUCGAGGAGCUGUUCAAUGGCACAACGAAGAAGCUCAAGAUCAAGCGGAAAACAUACGACCAAGCGACCGGGAAGCAGAGCACGCAGGACCGGAUUCUCGAGGUGCCAAUCAAGAAGGGCUUGAAAGCCGGCAGCAAGAUCAAAUUCUCAGACGUCGGCGAUCAGGUUGAAGGCGGAACACAGGAUCUGCACUUCGUCGUCUCAGAGAAACCACACCCCCUCUUCACCCGCGAAGGCGACGAUAUCAAGCGCACCAUCGAACUCGACCUCAAAGAAGCGCUGACCGGCUGGCGCCGCACCGUGCAAACCAUCGACGGCAAACAGCUCAGCGUCGGCAGCGGCGGGCCCACGGGACCAACGUGGAUAGAACGAUACCCCAACUUGGGUAUGCCAAAGAGCAAGAAGCCGGCUGAGCGUGGGGACUUCAUUAUUGGAGUCAAGAUUAAGUUCCCGGCGAGUUUGACGGCGCAGCAGAAGGAGCAGCUGAAGACGAUUUUGUAG